CACACACAAUCAGUUGAGCUCGCGAUGUGGAAAAGAAAAAGUCGGGCGUGGAAGUCAAGUUAAAAUAAAUUUUUACUAGAGUUAAAGAAAAAAAGAAAGGAAUACAAUUUGAAACUUAAUUUUAACUUUUACACAAAAGUAUUUAGUGAAAAAAGAAAAAAACUGUUUUUUAUGGAAAAUAUAUAUUUGCGUUUAUAAGAAAAUGUUUUGAAAAGUGAGAAAAUUUGAUAAAAUUAACAACAAAUAAAAAAGGUUUUAGUGAAGUUUUUUUCUUUUUGUUGGUAAUUUUUUUCCGAGUGUGUCCGGUGUCGUUUAACAAAUAAAAAGUGACGUGACGGGAACGUAGAAUUUUUUUUUUUUGGUUUUAUUAAAAUCUUUUUUAAACUCCUGCUUUGCUAAUAAGAGUUCUUCUUCUUGGGCAAUUUUUCAGUUAUGUACCAAUAGAGAAAUAGAAAAGGAAGAGAAAAAACAAAAAAGAAACUGAAAAAUAACAAAAUAUUAGGAAAAUUUUAUUAAGUGUAAAACGAAAAACAGCCGGUUAAGGCAAUUUGUUGCUAAAUAAAGUUAAAUUAAAAUUGUGCAAAAAACGAAGUGCAAAAGGAACUCAAGAGAGGGAACAACCCUUUUAUUAUUUUCCUAUUGAACACAUCCAACUACUGGAUUGUGUUGGGAUUGUGUUUUAAAAGAAAAACAAAGAUAAAGAAGAGCCGCAAAAGCAUAGAGCAGAUAAAAUAUAAAUUUUAAAGCAAAAAAACAAAUUUAUUAGUGAAAGCUUAAUGUCAAGAGAAAAGUUCAAAUUGUAACACACAGCAUCCAAUUUAUGUUAAUAAAUUAUUAAAAUAAAAUAUAUAUAACAAAAAAUAAUCAUAAUAAGUUUGUGUGUAGAAAAGUUACAACAAAAAAACAAUAAAACAAAUUUAAAAGAUUUUUUUGAACUUUUUAGUUUUUUUGUUAAAAAGGCAAAAAAAUCUAGAAACACAAAAAAAAAAAAUAGCAAAUCAAAAUGGCGCACCAGCAGCAACUUGCCUCGGUGAAUUGUUCAUUGGAUGAUAUCGAUUUAGCUGCUUUAAGGGAUCCUGCUGGUAUAUUUGAAUUAAUCGAAGUUGUUGGCAAUGGCACUUAUGGUCAAGUCUAUAAGGGUCGUCACACAAAAACUGGUCAAUUGGCUGCCAUAAAGGUGAUGGAUGUCACCGAAGAUGAAGAGGAGGAAAUCAAAUUAGAAAUUAAUGUUUUAAAAAAAUACUCAAAUCAUCGUAAUAUUGCCACAUAUUAUGGUGCUUUCAUUAAGAAAUCACCGCCCGGCAAAGAUGAUCAACUUUGGUUGGUCAUGGAGUACUGUGGUGCCGGUUCGGUAACCGAUCUAGUUAAGUCAACAAAAGGACAAAGUCUCAAAGAAGAAUGGAUUGCAUAUAUCUGCCGUGAAAUACUGCGCGGUCUGGCCUAUUUGCAUUCGAACAAAGUUAUACAUCGUGAUAUUAAAGGACAAAAUGUUUUACUCACCGAUAAUGCCGAAGUUAAACUAGUAGAUUUCGGUGUCUCAGCACAAUUGGAUCGUACAAUAGGACGAAGGAAUACGUUUAUUGGUACACCAUAUUGGAUGGCACCCGAGGUUAUUGCAUGCGAUGAAAAUCCCGAGGCGACCUACGAUAAUCGUUCAGAUUUAUGGUCAUUGGGUAUAACAGCAUUGGAAAUGGCCGAAUCACAGCCACCGUUAUGUGAUUUACAUCCCAUGAGAGCCCUAUUCUUGAUACCACGUAAUUCACCGCCCCGCUUGAAAUCUAAUCGAAAAUGGUCGAAGAAAUUUCAGAGUUUUAUAGACACGGUACUUGUGAAAGAUUAUCAUCAGAGGCCUUAUACAGAACAGUUGCUAAAGCAUGCCUUCAUUAAGGAUCAGCCUACAGAUCGUCAAGUUCGUAUACAAUUGAAGGAUCACAUCGAUCGUUGUAAAAAACGCAAACAAGAAAAAGAACGUGAAGACUAUCGUUACUCUGGCUCCGAUAACGAUGAUGACGAACCACAAAUUGCUGGUGAACCAAGUUCAAUUAUUCAAGCACCCGGUGAUACAUUGCGUCGUAAUUUCCAACAAAUUCAAGAGGGUCGUAUUGCCGCCGAACAACAGCAGCAGCAACAGCAAAUGGCUGCGGUGGCGGCUGCACAAGCGGCAGCUCAGGCUCAACAGCAGGCGGCACAGGCUCAACAACCGCAGGCAAAUCGUAAUCAGAAACCACCAUCGCGUGAUCAACGUCAACAAAUUGAAGAGCCAGGACCACCAUCACGUCCUGCUUUACCACAACGUUUAAUUGUCGUACCAGAUCCUCCACAUGCCAAUCGACCAUUGCCUCCCACACCCAAAACAUCCGAACCAACUGCCCAAACCCCGCAACAACAGCAACGUAAUUCACAAAAUAAUUUCAAGCCAUCGUUACCACCAAGGAGACCUGAGGAUUUGGAUAUGAUAGCAGCACAAUUAAAUGAAUUGGGCGUCUCUCAACAGCCACAACCACAAACAGCAGCAUCGUCCUCUGGCGGCGUUUCAUCUUCAUUUGGCCAACAACAAGCUCAACCGGAAGCACCACCACGCAGUAAUCGUCAAUCUGGACCACCGUCAUCUGCCUCGGGUUCUGGCAAACCAGCUGCACCUCUACCCUCGUCAGCGGCCAAUAAUCAUCAUGUUGCAGUUUCAAAUCCUUUAGAUCCCUUGGAUAGCAGCGAUUCGGAUAGUGAACCCGAUGAGCCCAACGAUCAUAGACGCAAUGAUGGCACGCUAUUGGCAAGUGAUCCACCAAAACCACUUCCUGAAUUUUCAUAUAGGCCUGGCCUGGUGCCAGUAUCAGAGGAUUCAACUACACCCAUGACACAUGGCAGCGGUGGACCACCAAAUCGUCCUUUGCCACCCACACCCGAUGAUGAUGAUCAAGCUGGUGAUCGUACUUUGAUAAUGAAAAGGAAACUCGAAAAUCAAAAUCGUUUACAAAAAUCCGCAUCGACAUCGUGUGCCAAUCGUCCCAAAGAUAAACUACGUGAUGAAGCCUUAUUGCGUGAAUGGGAUAUUGAGAAAUUCUUUCCGAAAAAAGUGGGUGGUGGUGGAGAUGGAAUACCCUCUGGUGUGGCUAGUUUAUCUAGAGGUUUGAGUAACUCGAAUAGUAGUACCUUGAAAGCUGAUUCCAAAUUGCAAAGAUGCAGCAUGGCCGAAAUGUCAACCAGACAACAGCAACAACAGCAACAACAACAACAAACACCAAAAGGUUUUCAACCAUUGAAAACCACAAAUCAACAAACCAAAGAACAGCAACCACAGCGUGCUUCCAUGAUUGGAGCUAAUCUUAAUAAUAAGUCAACAAAUGGAACUAACACCAACAACAACAAUAAUAAUAACAAUAGUAAUAAGUCUACUUCAUCAACCUCUACAACAUCCUCAUCAUCGUCUUCCUCGCCAUCAACGACUACAUCGCCUAGUAGUAAUAUAAAUAAUAAUAAUGCCUUAACAAAAAGUGCCACCAAUGCCACACAUAAACGGCAAGAGUCUGACUCAAAAUUGCCACAAAACUUUAUACGCGGUUUCCGUCGCGAAAAUUCGGAUUUCUUCCCUCUUACCAAGAGACACUCAGCCGUGCUGGUCAAUACAAGUCUGCUGCAACAGCAGCAGCAACAACAACAAUUACAGUCUUCCACAACGGCAGCACAAAAGCAACCCUUCGGUUCAGCCUCACAGAGAGCUAGCUCCAUAAUACAACGUAAUAGUAUUUUCAAAACUAAUGAUUUAAAUAAAACUAAAGAUUCUAAUAAAUCAGUGCCAAAAACCGCUGCCACCACCUCAACGACCUCAGCGACUACAACAACAACAGGUGCUGCUCCCAACAAAACUAGCUGGACUAGUAAUUUAACUGGUAAAAAUUUAGAUUUCUUACGUCUACGUCGCGAAAAGACUGAAUCUUUUAUAGCUUGGCAUAAUUCUGCCGCCAAACAGCAAUUAUUUGCCCAACAAUUGGUGCAACAACAGCAGCUACAAUCGCAGCAACAGCAGCAGAAUCGUAAUACCGAAAAUCUUGGUACACCCGGUACUCGCACCAGCAGUGUUUUGCCCGAUUUGCUUAGUCAAGCCUCACCAGCAACACCACCACGUCACGAUAAAUCAUCCAGUGAGGAGGUAAGUGAUACGAGUUUAUUUCGUAUAUUAUUUUCAUUUCAUUGUGACUUUUCCAAAUUAUUUAUUUAUUAAUUUUGUUUUUAAUUA